AUGAGUAUGAUCAUUCUGCCGAACUCGAUUCUGGUCGGGAAAGAGGCAGUUCCAGUUCGCGCCAAGCCAAAAGCCACGAUCCUAGAGAAGAAUGUGUACUCGAAAAAAGCAUAUAAUUUGAUCAGAAGUCUUCCGAGGAAUCUGAAAGCCGAAGGCCAAUUCUAUCAAUCUCGAGCUCUGCCACGUGCCAAACAGUACACCAUCCCAGGAUGCCAAGAACGCAUUCUAAUCGCCACCAACAGUACGCCGCCCAAAAAAAUCGUCCUAGAGCUAACCGGGUUCAUUUCGCUGGAUUCCGAAGGCAAUCGAGGUCCCAACUUUCAAGUGCGACGUGGAAUUUUUUACUACGAUGGGCUGAAAGACGCCAAGAGUGCCGAGGGAUACAAUGCGGGUUUCCGGGAUCAGCGAUUGGUGAUUGAUACGAGAAGGGGGUCGACGGAUGCGCAGUUCGUGAGAAGAUCGUGUAAACCGAAUUGUGUGAUUAAGCACGUCACCGGAGAAUUCGAACCGCUGGGCUUGGCACUCGUCGCCACGCAACAAAUCAACUACACCGACGAAAUCACGAUUCCGUUCGACGACGGAUGGGCGGACUCAGAGAUUCCGUUGGACUGUGUCGCCCAUUUGAGAGGAGACGUCGAGUGUCCCAUGGAAAUACACAGAGAUACGAAGAAUGAGCAACGACUCGCCCGGGAAGCAAGAACACAAUUCGUUCGAACCAACUCGAAAUUCUUCUUUAGGGCCGAGUUCGAGCCCCGCCCACUUUUCUUAAAAAAUCAAAAAAACUCAAAUUUUCCAAAUUUCCAGAGAGUCAAACAAUUCUACAAGAGACGCAGACAGGAAGAAAGUCGAGGACCUCUUCAGAUCACUGCCACGUCAUCAGCAUCCACGUCAUCAGGAGCACAAUUUCAGAGACCACCUCUAAAGAAGCUGCCAACCCUUCUGGUGCCACCCAUAGUCAAGUUUCCCGCCAACAUUUCUUCGGAUUCUUCUGGAAAAUUCAAAAUUCCCGCGAUGCCUCCGCUGAAAAACGCCUAUCAAAUGUACCAACAUCAUCACAGUCAGAUGGCGUCGGAUUCGGAGAAAAGGGGCGGAGCCUCCAUUGAUAAAGGGGGCGGAGCUUCCUCUAGGAUGACAGGCGGAGCAGAGAAUGUGAGAUCAAAUAAAAUUCAGAAUCUCCUGACGUCUUCUGACUCCACGUCUUCUGGACUCUCAAAUUCCACGUCUUCCACCUUCCCAAAGGAUACUGUACCCUCCCGACGUCUUCCCAACUUUAACAUUGCAUCGAUUCUCAAUAAUUCAUUUCUGAAUACCUCGACGAUGUCUUCUGAAGUCCCCCCAAAGCCACUUCUGAAUUCCACGUCAUCUGCCCCUCCGACGUCUUCAAAAAUCAUCGUCCAACGUGUGAAUCCCGGAGCGAUGGCUGCUAACUAUCCCAGAACGUCGCGUCCGAUUCUUCGUGCCACGUCAUCAGCGCCAGGAACGACAUCUUCUAGAAUCACGAUUUCGACGUCAUCUGCGGGACGUGUGAAUUCUGGGAAUUCUGGAAUUUCUGAAACGACGCUUUCUAAAGUUUCGGAUUCUAAGAAUUCUGGAAUUUCGAAUUCUGAAAAUUCUGGAGGCUCUAGAGCUUCUGGAACGACGACGUCUUCUGGAACAACGGUGUAUUCUAGAUUCACAAUCCCAACGACGCCUUCUGUGAAUUCCGAGAAUUGUGAAAUGACGCCUCCUGAGCCCUAUGAAGAAGAGAAUCCACGAAAAUUCCCAUUUCCCACGUAUCCGGGAAUGACGUCUUCUGCGUUCUACGCCGCCCGAGACGCCGCCAUGGCUCUGAAGAAAGCGCAGAAGGCGUUGACGUCGAAGCGAUCGCUGCCACCUGGCACCGUCUAUGAGCCGGUGACAGGGGAGAUUUUGCCGCGCAGCGCGAUCCUUCCAUCAUCCGCGGACACCGACAGUUUCUCCGAGUCCAAUUCCAACACCGAGGACGACGAUAGAUCCACGUCAUCUGAAUCCUCUGACGAAUUCUGGGAGAUGCGAUGUCACUGUGGCCUGACGCACGAGGACGGUGACACCAUCGAGUGCAGUUCGUGCAAAACGUGGCAACACAUGGCUUGUAUGGGUCUCGCAGCGAAAACUAUGACAAAGUCGGAGACGUACCUUUGUGAAGUUUGUGAUCCAAGGAAUUUACCGUUGAGUAGAGCAGAUGCGGCCAGGAAGCAGAGGGAGAUUCUGAAGAAGUUUGAGAGGGAUGGAGGAGGGACCAGGAAGAGGAAGAAGAAAGAUAAGAACCGAAAACACCGUCACCACCGUCACCCAAAACGCGGACGCCCUAGCAAGUCUCCGCCCACCACUACCUCGUCGGAUUCUCCAAAACUCGCAUCACACGGCUACUCAGAUGCUGCUGGCGUCCUUCUAGAAUCCAUCCCAACGACUCCAGGAGCCAAACAACUUCUGGAGCCAUCCAAACGUCCCCGUCGUGCCAAGACCUUCCAUAAUAUGUUUGGAAUAUUGGCAACCGAGAAUAUUCGAGUCAAUCAAGUGGUGCUGGUGAUUCAUGGAUGGGUUACGAUCCCGGAAGAGGUCAAGAGAAAGCCAGGAGGCGUGCCGGGCAUUUUUUUGUACUGUGAUUUGGAGCACAAGGGAUCAGACUCUGAAACAAGUGGAUCCGCGCGGAAGCUGUGCGUGUGUACACGAAAGCGUUCGCCAGCUACGCACAUUCGCCGUUCGUGCAAUCCAAAUUGUAGCCUGUCCCAUGCCCUCGAUGAUCAGAAGAAUUUCGGUUUAAUCGUCAUCGCGACUCACGAGAUUCCACGUGGCGCCGAGAUCACACUGCCUUUCGAUUCGGAUUGGAGAGAGUCGGUGAAGCCGUUGAGAUGUGUGGAGCAUUAUGAGAGCACCCAAAAAUGUCCACUGAAAAAGGAGCGAAAAGCGUUCAAAGCGCAACAAAAGCGCAUUUCGUAUCAACUCGGAGAAGGAUCAGAUGCUAAAAAGCCGAAAAUGGAGAGAUCGGAGCCCACAAACUACAAGGAACUCUUCCCGGAACUUCAAAUUUCGACUUCCACGUCUUCUACUCCGACGUCUUCAACAGCACCAUUAUCAAUGGAGCGCGUUUUCAUCCCCCCGGCCAAAGAGAAUCCACCAAAACCACCAGUGGUGUUGGCUGGACAAGGAAUUAUGACCACUGCGAGAUUGGUUAGACCAGAAACGCAGCUCUCGCAUUUUCCUCGUCCACCACUCUAUAUCGGUCCACAACAGCAGCAGCCUGUCGUUUUCAUAGAUCCAUCACAAAUUCCGACUUCAGAAGACGUCGUCGUCGUGGACAACGGCGAUCCACGUGUCUGGAAUAGCGCGUCGAUUAUGAAUGGCAUUAGUGCGGCGUUUGGCGUUCCGACGACGUCUUCUGAAUUCUAUGGGAAUUCUGAAGAGGCCACGUCAUCUGAAACUGACACUUCUACCAUCAACACUACCAUCAUCGAUCUUCAACAACAACUGCCACGUCAUCAUCAUCAGAAUCCAAAAAAUCAAUAA